AUGAUCACAUUGACUCGCACCGGAGCUGCUGAAAAUGUGGCACUCAUAACUCUGAAUCGCCCAACUGCUUUGAAUGCGUUGUGCCGUCAAUUGAUGCAGGAAUUGUCUGAAACAUUGCUGAAAGUAGAACACGAUUCAACAUACAAUGUGAUUGUGUUGACUGGAAGUGAGAAGGCUUUUGCAGCUGGUGCAGAUAUCAAAGAGAUGGCAAAGUUGGAGUUUGCUGAUGUUUUCCAAAAGGACGACUUCUUCGCCAACUGGGACACUCUUUAUCACAUCGCAAAACCGGUAAUCGCCGCUGUCAACGGUUUUGCUUUGGGUGGUGGUACUGAAUUGGCACUCAUGUGUGAUAUUAUUUAUGCUGGAGAGAAUGCAGUAUUCGGUCAACCAGAAGUGAGCAUCGGUACUAUUCCAGGGCUCGGAGGAACUCAACGAUGGCCGAGAUUCACUAACAAGUCGAUUGCUAUGGAGAUCUGUCUAACUGGAGAUCGUAUCUCUGCACAUGAUGCUAAAGAAGUUGGAUUGGUCAGUAAAGUAUUUCCAACUCAACAGUUGGUAGCAGAAGCUGUUAUUCUUGCUGAUAGAAUUGCUAAGAAUUCUCCAUUAAUUGUGAAAACCGUGAAGAAAUCAGUCGGCACUGCCUAUGAGACAUCUCUGAAUCAAGGUCUGGAAGUUGAGAAGCACCUGUUUCAGUCGACAUUUGCUACAAAUGACCGUCGCGAGGGAAUGUCUGCGUUUUCUGAAAAACGAGCUGCCAAAUGGUCGGGAAAUUGA